UUGAGCCACUCUGCCUUGGUGUGUCGGAUAAGAUAGCCUCCAAAUUAGAGCCAGGUUUCCGCCGAAACUUUGUGUACACACCACGGUAAAAGAUGGCAGUUAGAAAACGCGUGUUGAACUCCACCUUACCCUUCUCCGCGCCGAACCUGAACAAACAGAAGGCCUUCUGUGCCAGUUACUCCAGUUCGGGAGAUGAAUCGGAGCAGGGGAGCGAGGAGGCGAAAGAGGAGGGCAAAAAAGAGGUCUUCAUACAACGGAUUUUGUCGGUCAUCACCCAUGGAACUGCCAAACAUGUGGGGACUGAGCCGCUGUGCUUGGAGAAGUCUCCUAUGUCCAUCAUUGCCCAAGCAGAAUGUGAAUCUCAGGAUUCGCAGGAAUUCUGCCCCAACAACAGUCGUCUCCCAAAACCUCAACACAACACUCCCACAGAGAGUCUCUCCAUACAGGAGACAGAACCUCCUUCGCCGACUCACAACCAAUGGUCACAAACCCAGCUGACCUCCAUCCCUAUCCACUUACACUAUGCCCAGCAGGACGAGGUGUCUCUGGGGAGCGACCUGAGCGGAGGUGGGGACUGCAGUCUGGCUGUAGCGGCAUUGAGGGGGAGUGUAAGUCAAGGGGAUCGCUGUUACGUUCCAGCUUUCGCCAAAGAGCUGGAGAGGGAGGUGCAGGUGUCGGAAGACGACUCCGAAAGCGAGAGCAAAAGCUACGUGAACGAGGGAAUUCUGUUUAAUGAGAAACAGCAGCCCGUGGACUAUGAGUACCGGGAGGGUCGGGAGUAUGACCUCUGUGAGCGUCUGAGGCAGGGGUCAUAUGGAGACGUCUACAAGGGCAGGGACAGAACAACUGGCUUCACAUUCGCUGCCAAAAAGAUUCCAUUGUCGAAGUUCAGGAGUGAGGAGGUGGGUACGUGGAGUGCCCUCCAGUCUCAUCGAGUGGUGGAACUUUUUGGCACAGUCCGAGAGGGCUCAAACAUCAUUCUCUUCAUGGAACUCAAAAAAGAUUCCGUGGCACAGUUGCUGAAGGAGCGGGGUCGGUUUCCAGAAGAUCUGUCCCUGCACUACUUAGGUCAAGUUCUCGAUGCACUGAUGUAUAUGCACAAAAAACGCAUCGUUCACAUGGACAUCAAAGCGGAUAACGUAUUGCUGUCUGAGGAUGGAAAGGAUGCAUUCUUGUGUGAUUUUGGACAAUCGGAGAGAACUGAUGAACAGGGAAAGAGCAUCAGUGCCUCCCAAGGUCCAAAGGGCACAGAAACACACAUGUCUCCUGAGGUGGUGAGAGGGGAGAGGGUCAGUACCAAAACAGACCUGUGGAGCAGUUGCUGUAUGUUUCUGCACAUGCUCAAUGGCUGCCAACCCUGGACCCGCUAUUACUCCCGCCCACUCUACCUGAAGAUAGCCGAUGAACCUCCACCUGUGAGGGAAACUCCGCCGGACUGCAGCUCACACACAGCUGAGGUUAUUAAGGCAGGGCUACAGAAAGAUCCAGAAAAGAGAGAUACAGCAGAAAAGCUGAAACUUAAAGUCAGAGAAGCAAUAAAAAACGUGGGUGGUCCCAAGGGUCCAAUAAGGGGAGGGGCCUAUCUGCCACCACUGAGGAAGCAAGAUGUGCCUGGCUCCUCCCAGUCAGACACGCCCACCUCCUCAGACCACACCCCCUCCUCCGGUGCCUCUGAGUUGCAGUGGAUGAGCUCAGGGAAGAAGAGGAGUGAGGGGGGGCAACAAAACCAAAGAAAAGAAAGCAUGAACAAGGGAACGGCGGAGGAGCCGGAAAAAGAGAAGAAGGAAAAAAUGGACAAAAAGAGAAACGAACCGUCCCCAUUUCCUAGGUCUCAGAACCGACACCCAUCCCCGUCCCCCAGAUGCGAAAGACACACAACAGGACCAGAGCAGGAGCUCCGUAAACUGGAGACAGAGUUCUGUCUUGAGAGCCUGUCUCAGCUCCACUCUGUGGAGAAGCAAGAGGAAAUGUUCUCUGUGCUGAGCAGUGACUGUCCCUCCAGCAAGGAACACUGGGAAAAAAGGGACUCAGGUCGCUGGUCACUUGGCUCAGAUGAGGACUUCUGCUCAGACGUGUUCUCCUACAACAGCCAAUCAGAUGGCCAGAGCUUCAGCGUGGAUUGGCUCGGUCGUGUCCACCAGCCCCCGCCGAGGUGCUUUGACGGAGUGGACGUGUGUAUCCGUGACUUCAAUGGGAAAUGCCUCCGUAUCCGAGAGGCGCCAAGGGUAACAGUCGGACACAUAGCCAAAGGGAUCAGUGAACAGAUCUCCCUGAGCGUGUUCAGCCUACAGAGCGAAGACGGACGUAUGGUCGCCCACGACGAAGAGGUGCAGAAGUCCGGCCUCUUCCUCCGCUGCGUCCCCGCCCCGGACUGUAACCACGCCCUUGGUUACAAGCCCGCCUCCUGUGGUUGCCAUGCCUCGUCCUGCAGACACGCGUCUUGCUGCAGCUCACCCUGGAAAUGGAGAAUUCAAAAUGGAGAACUGCAGACCCUGCCGUCUAAGUUUUGA